AUGGCUACCGUUUUCGAUAGUCCUUUUAUUCGACAACGACUACACCGUCUACGGCAUCGUGAUUUCGACCUAGAUGAAGAUCAAAGAUUUGGUCGUUGUGAUUGCACGAGUUAUUCCUAUUUUGUGCUCUCCAUGGUUCUAUUUUCAGUUGGCACUGUUAUUACAGUACUAGCAUUGGGAGACACCGAAGGCUACAUAUUAAGUAAUUUAGGCCACAUGUGGCUCGUUGGACCUAUAUUUAUAUGUUCAGGAAUGAUGGUAGCCGUAAAGAGUAUGUUGUAUUUGCGAAGAAAAAGCGUAAUUCAAAUGCUUCUGCAUCAACGUGCAAUUAUUAGAGAUAUGGCAAGUGUUCAAGCUGAGCAGGCAUACAGUGGCCAAGUUCCUCGGACAGCUUCAAGUGCAACAUUGCCACCCUCGUAUGAUGCUCUGAUAUCGAAUGCAGCAACAAGUAAACCUCAACCAUCAAGUUCAGAACCUCCACCACCAACAUACGAUGAAGCAAUGUAUCUCUUUGAUGACGAGAAGUUCCAUAUAGAAAAUAAAAACUCCGAUAUAGCCAAGCAGGAGACAAGUCACCAAAAUAACUCCAGCAAUGACAUUAAGCCCUAG